UAAACCUAAAAUAAAUGGGCGAGGAGAACGGUCUUUCGUAUAGCACAGCAACAACUAUAUAUAGCAAGUGCCAACACCUCCAAGGGAAGCGAGGAGUGAGCAAUUCAUUGUAGCCGGGUUUUCUAAAAUGGGCAGGGAGAACGAUGCAGGGUUGGAAGAUGCAAAGCGCAAGCAAGCUUGCAUAACGGUUCUCUGCAAAUAUCUUUCAAUCAAUCUUCCUCCUGAUGCUUUACCAAAAGCUUAUUUAGAAUGGCCAGACCUUAAAUCUAUAUGCACAAACUUGGUAACAUCAUCGGGAAAAGAAAGUGUUUUGGGCACCUCUUCUGAGGAACAUGAAGAGAUUCGCAGAUGGUUAGAAUAUGCAAACAGUUUUCAUUUAGAUUCCAACUCUGGUUUGUCUAAAUUAAAGAAUUUCAAUGAAAAUUUACUGCAAAGGUCAGUUCUUGCAUCCAAGGGAUUAAACCCUUCUGUAGCUGAUGUGAUCGUGUGGAUAUCACUUCAUGAUGUUGUGAUUGCACUUUCCGCUGCUGACAGAAGAAGUGUUCCGAAUCUGAUGCGGUGGUUUGAUUACAUUCAGAAUAAGGAAGACUUCAGUGCAGUAUAUGAGAAGAUCAAUGUGGAAAAGCCAGAAUUCGCAUCAAAACUCUUCCCAGGAAAACCACUUCAGCCUGGAGAGGAUGGUGUUAAGUCUACAGUUAUUAGUUCUGAUAUAAAUAUGACCGAUGGCACAGAGAAGAUAGAUAAAAAUAAAAAUGUAGAAAAGAAGGAUAAGGAAAGUGAAAAGGGAAAGGAAAAGGAUAAGAAGAAAGCCAAAGAAGAGAAAAAGAAGAAUGAAGAAAAGGAACCAAUUGAAAAGAAGGAAAUAGAAGUCAGUAUUUCAGUACUUGACAUUAAAGUUGGUGUCAUUCGCAAGGCUUGGAAACACCCAUCAGCAGAGAGUUUGCUGGUUGAGGAAAUAGAUGUGGGAGAAGACAAGGUCAGGCAGGUUGUGAGUGGACUGGCAAAACAUUAUGGUGCAGAUGAACUACUGAAUCGUCGGGUACUUGUUAUCACAAAUGUAAAGCCAGGGAAGCUCAGGGAUAUGAUGUCUGCAGGUUUGGUUCUCUGUGCUUCUAACCCCAACAAUAGCAUUAUUGAACCCUUGUUGCCACCAAAGGAGGCUAAAAUUGGUGAGCAAGUCAUAUUUUCUGGGCAUGAAGGAAAGCCAGAGGAAGUCUUGAAUCCGAAGAAGAAGCAGUUGGAAAAGAUCACACCGCACUUAUUCACUGAUGAUAAGGGUGUGGCAACAUACAAGGGAGUGCCUUUCAUGACAUCUGCUGGGCCCUGCCAUUCGUCUCUUUCAAAUGCAGGAAUCAAGUAAUAAGGUGAUCCAUUUCCUGCACAAGUGCCUUAGCGGUGUUAUCAGAUGGGUUUCAACUCACCAUUGUUUGAGACUUGAGUAUCAGCUGAGUUGAAUUUCCUUGAAUAUACUUUUUUUGUAAGAUUCAGUAUAUAAUUUCUACUCAUCCCAACCUUAUAAUUAUUAACAUCUAGCCAAGCAAGGAAGCUCUUCAAUGACCAGACAAUGAAUGACUUGCAUUUUCAUUUGCGUGUUUAAUUUGUUUAGAGUCCCCAUGCUUGGCAGAUGCUUUAUUUGGGGGUGUGUAAUAUGUUAAAUGAUGGAUUAGAUUCUAUCCACACAUUCUAAGGCCCUUUCAAGUCUUAUUGAUCUUCACCCAACCAGGCAAGAUAGACAUAACAAUGGUUCUGUUACAAUGCAGGACUUCUCUGCUUGGUCCUUCAACACAUGGCUCGUGUCCCUUCAGGUUAUUGUUUCUAUCAAAGUUAACUGUUUUUUGGGAAAGGAAAAUAUAUUUUCUGUUAUUGGUGUA